AUGGUAACGUUUCUGAUUUCAAUUUAUCGCUGUGCAGCUUGUGUCUCACCAUCAUGUGUUCACAUCCAAGCUUGUUGACAUCCAUCCAUCCGGCCACCCACCCACCCAACCAUCAUCAUGUCACCGUGUCUCCCACCGAGUGAGAAAGGCACAGGUCUCCCUUUUCCCCUCCUCCACCUCCUCGUACCCCCCAUGUUCUCUUGUUUGUAUCUGCCAUAGACAUCUGUUAUCUUCAUCCGCAUCACAGUCUUUUACAUUUCUCAUCCAUGAGCCUUUUUGGGGUCCAUUUGCGGACCCUCUCCAGGCGCGCACGGUUAGCUGUGCGCAUUGAUCGCUCCUUGUUGUUUUUGUCUGUUCUCACACACAUAUGUAACGAUGGAGACCGCAUCGCCUUGUCGUUUGAGCCACUAAAUCGCUUUAUGUUGCUCCUGCAUGAGCAUCCCACUUUUCCCCGGCAAGAUCAGAGCUAUAAUCUUCAUCUGUUUCGUCCCCACUACGAUUUGAUUGUAACCUACAUUGCUGCGGUUGAGUCCUACAAGCACGCAAAUAUAAACCUAUAUUCGCGUGGUUUAGUACAUCUGUGAAAUUGGGAAAGGGUUAGGAAAUGUUUCGGUGUCAAAUGUGUGUCUGAGUUCAUGUUUGCAGGUCGUGAUUACUCUCUUUUGACGUCAAGAUGGGGGGUCAUUAACAAUCCCACCAUCUGUCAUGCUAAAGAUAGGCCAAAGAUAAUAUUCUGACCAGGGGAUCCCCUCCUGAAUAAGAACAGUUGGUUGUUGUUGUUGUUGUUGUUGUUAUCCUGGGGCCUGGUGCUGCUUUUACAAUGUAAGAUGUAAACAGAGUAUUUCAAUAAGUUAUCUAUCACAUUUAUGUUUAAUGUCACAUGCAGCUGUAAAAGAAAAGCAAGGAGUAUGAGGUGAGGUGUAGGGGAGAGUGGGGUAAAAUGAGCCACUUUUCAUAUUUCAGAUCACUACAUCAAGGCAAUCAUAGUUUUGUCUCUAACAGGUGUAUCUGCAUAUAUUUCAGGCUGUUGUGCAUCCCUGCAAACCAACAGAAUGAGUGUAAACAUAACUGUUUUGAUAAUAUAGCAUGCCAAAAAAAGUGGUCUCCUAUGGCCAACUUACCCCGUGUAUGGGGUAAGUUGAUCAUAGGAGCGGGGUAAGUUGAGCCGUAUCCCUACGAUCCCCCACUCUCCACCCCAGCCCUCCCUCACCUUCUCUCUCCCUAAAUAACAGUCACUCCCUCACAUUCAUGUGUAUAAUUAUCUAGUAUACGCUAUUUAACUGUUACAGUAUAUAUAUAUUUUUAUUAUUGCAUUAUUGCACAUGUUCAAAGCCGUUAUAACAUGAGAAUGCCUUUAAGUGAUUCAGAACAUUCACAGCUGUAUUUUUGAAAAGAAAAAGUAACACAUUUCAACAAUCUGAACUUAAACUCUGAUCCUCUUAUCAGACUCCUUUACUUGCUCAGUUACCCCAGAACUACUAUGAUGACUUUAUUAGUCCUCUAAGCUAAAAUGGUGGACUUUUAUAGGUUUUUGUUGCUCAUAGAUACCACAAUUGAUGUAUAAAACAAAUUUAAAAUGAUCUUUUUUGGUCUGAAAACAACUCUAAUAAAACUUAUGACAGACUAAAUUCACUUUCAAGAGUGAAAAAUGUUUUUUCUCUUUUUGUUGGAAAUAAAUGUCUAACCCCUUCAACCAUGUGCUUCUAACCUUCACAGACUCCAUGAAUUGAUGUCCAUCUCCUAAAUAUUUGGUCACAUGAUCAAUUUCUUUUACCAUUUCCAAGCAACAGGGGGUGGCUCAACUUACCCCACUCUCCUCUAUCUCAGAAUUGGGGUUACUGCUAAGUAGAUUUACACAGCCAGGUAAUAUGUCUUGGUGUUCUGGUGCUAAAAUAAUAAACACAGAAAACAGAAAUGUCAUAAGUAAAAGUAAAAACAGAAAUAUGCAUAGAUAAACAAGUGAAAAGCUUUUUUUUUUUUUAGAACAACCAUGAGCAGAAAAAUAUACAACUAAUAAAAAGGUGUGUAACUAUAUAAACCAAAGUCCAAAUAAAGUAUAUUCAAAAGUGCAGGACGAUAAGACUGCAAAAUUAUAAGUAUAAACAACAAGUGUGCAUCAAUAUAAUGACAUAAUCUGAAUAUUACUGUGAUUUUAAAUUGCAGCAUGGGUGUCAGAUGGGGAUGGUGCUGGGGUAUAAUUCAAUGGACAUUUCACUAAACCUCAAUAUCAAAUAUCUUCUUUUUCCAAAAACACGGGGCAAGUGGCUUCAAAAAGUGCAAGAAACUCAUGUUAUUUCUCAUGAUGUUAAGUCUCAUUGAUUGUGUAACAUCUGUGGUAGUUGUAGCACUUCUUUCUUGAUAACCUUCCCUGCCCUCUUGUUCCCCCCAGCUGGACAAGAGCGAGGUGGCAACUCUAGGCCUACCCCCUAACACCAGCCAUGGAGGCUCUGACAGUAACAUCAGUGCAGAUGGAGCAGGCGCAUCGUCAUCAUCAGCAGCAGGGGUCACAGUGGGAGGUGCCGAGUGUUUGGGGGCCGGCGAACCGCAGAGAACCCGUGCUGCUCUGGAGCACCUGCAGCAGAAGAUCCUGAAGGUCACCGAGCAGAUUCGUGUGGAGCAGGAGGCUCGUGAUGACAAUGUCGCAGAGUACCUGAAGUUGGCCCACAACGCAGACAAACAGCAGGCAUCCCGGAUCAAGCAGGUGUUUGAGAAGAAAAACCAGAAGUCGGCACAGUCCAUCGCACACUUGCACAAGAAACUAGAGCACUACCACAAGAAACUAAAGGAGAUUGAACAGGUGGGUGGGAAAGCACACAUUUGAGAACAUGUGGUGUUUUUAUGUGAAACUGUGACAAUCUCCAAAAAGUGUUGGAUUAUCCUUGCUUGGACAUUUGGGUCCAAAAAUAAAUCUCCAUCUCUUAGCACUUGUUUCAUCAUUCUGUUUUCAGUAAAUUUUCUGCAGCCUGUUUCCUCAUCUAUCAUCCCGAAGUUCUCUUCCUCAUGCCAAAUCAUUUCUCUUCUACCUCUGAGAUCCUUCACACUCCUUUGCUUUCUCAUUUCUCUUCCUCUCCACAGAACGGACCAGCCCGCCAGCCUAAAGAUGUCCUGCGGGACAUGCAGCAAGGAUUGAAGGACGUGGGAGCAAACGUCCGUGCUGGAAUAAGUGGUUUUGGAGGUGGAGUAGUCGAAGGGGUCAAAGGUGGAGUGUCUGCCUUGACUCACACAGCUGUGGUCUCCAAGCCAAGAGAGUUUGCCAGUCUCAUCAGAAACAAGUUUGGCAGUGCAGAUAACAUUGCUCACCUAAAGGAUUCACUCGAGGACGGAGUCGGGGGACACCCUGAGGACAACCCCACCCCUCGUGCCCUGAGUGGAAGUGCCACUCUUGUUUCCAGCCCAAAGUACGGCAGUGACGACGAGUGCUCCAGCGCCACGUCUGGUUCAGGAGCAGGCAGCAAUUCUGGUGGAGCAGGAGGAGGAGGGUUGUUAGGACCAACCAUGGGGAGCCCCAGACUGGACGGGCACCACCAUCACCACCACCACAUGCACAGCUCAUGGGACUCUCUGCUUGAAAGCUUACAGGAGAUCAAAGCCAGCCAGGCACACAUGGAGGACGCUAUCGAGGACAUGAAGGGCCAGCUGCAGAGUGAUUACUCUUAUAUGACACAGUGCCUGCAAGAGGAGAGAUACAGGUACACAUCCCCCAAAAAAACCCAACAGUUUAUACAAGGAGCAGGUGAAGACUGCUCUCUUUGUAUUAUCACUAAAAUAGUCCCAAUAUUAAUACACCUCGGAGGCUGCACUCUGCAUCAGAGGCAAGAAAAACAAAAAUAGAAGAGGUAGAAACUUCAAGCGGUCAGCUGCCAUCAGCUGCAUUAAUGCUGCAUUUGAGUUACCUCGGAAGUCAGAUGUCUGAGCUGGGAAUGAUGUCAAACCCCAGUUACCAGCAUUUCAGUUACGAAGUUGGAAAAAGCAAAAUCGGAGGCAGAAACAAGAUGGCUACAUCUACCUAAGAGAAUGCUAAAAUAACUUAAAAUAACGAAGAAUAACAAGCGCUUGAAUAACUAUCGUACAUGAAGCCAUCUUGUUUCCGCCUCCGAUUUUGCUUUUUUUCCACUUGCUAACUGAAACGUUGGUAACUCAUCAUUCCCACCUUGAACAUCUGAUUUUCGAGGUAACUCGAACGCAGCACAAGACAGGCCUAAAAGGUGAAAAGAGUACAAAACUGAAAAUAAGAUAGUAUCAGUGCUAACAAUAACUGUAGCUAAUAUUUUUGAAUAAUAAUACAAGUAUGACUGAUGAUAUUAAUAUUAGUUGGAGUAAAGUUGGUGCACAGCAGCAGGCAGGAACCUACAAACUGAACAUAUUUCAGCCUCUGUCUGAGAUGCUUAAUUUAAGCCACUGUCCCUUUAUGGGGAUACUCCAGCGUAAAGUUAAGUUAGGGUCAAACACACCAUAACACCGAGUUAGACCCCCUGUCGAGAGUUGGUAUAACUAGAGAAGCAAGCGGUCGGCAACAUUCAUUGCUCGACGGGGUGUCUAACUCGGUGUUACUGUGUGUUUGACCCUAACUUAAUUUUAUGCCGGAAUAAUCCCCCUAGAACUCCAUAACUCAGCAUUCUGCAAACUUCCUGCACUGUUGUAUGCAAAAAAAGUUUUGUUUCUUUUGUAAAAUGAUAAAUUUGCCUUUUGGAGGAGAUUCACUGUCUGGUUACGUCACUAUUUGAGCAAAUCUCAUAGUGAUCCCGUUGAAUUUUCAUGUGACUGUCUGAACAAGGUAUUUAGAGCACCCUGCUGUCCCAUCUGGGAAUCACUUUAACACACAUUAACCUUGCAGUCUGAAACUUUGCUCAUAUAUAGUAUUGACGUCCAACGUUUUAAUUAACAUUUGUUGUCAAAGUAUGACAAAAGAGAGAGGAUACUAAGGCUAGGCGAUGGAGUCUCAAGUCUGAUCUGACCCUGUGCUGGUACAACUGAGGAUGGUCCAAGUUGUGGUCAAGCCAGCCCCAACUUUACCCUUUAUCAAAAACAAAACUUUUGAACCUACUCUCAAAGUAAGAGAAAUUGUAUCCUCCUGAACACAGGGUGUGAAGGGUCUGAUAACAGAAAGGUCCACCUUCCACACUGACAUUGUGGUUGUUUUUAACACAAACAAUGGGUUAACUUUUUGAUUCUUUUGUGUGUUUGUUUUUUUACGUGUUCAGGUAUGAGCGACUUGAAGAACAGCUGAAUGAUUUAACAGAGCUACAUCAGAAUGAAAUGACUAACCUUAAACAAGAACUCGCCAGUAUGGAGGAAAAAGUUGCGUACCAGUCGUAUGAGCGUGCAAGAGACAUUCAGGUAAAAAUCUGCUGCGAUUCUGUAAACUUUCAAGACAAGAAAAACCUGUCUUUAACUACUGUGCUUAAGAUUUGUUUUUUAGAUUUGUUCCUUUAUGAACCAUGAGUUAUUGAAUAAACAUUGGUUUGAUCAGUUUCAUCUAAAAGCUAUCAAACUAAUGACCAAUGUUAGUAGAUUUUGAUUAAAACUCCAAACCCCAUCCCAUCUGGGGGACCCAAUAGUCUUGCUUUGUGUUGGGUAGACAAUGUUAAGAGACAAAUGAUGAUCAAAAAUGUACCAUACUGGUGGUAUCGUUGGUGCACAGCAAAUAACCUAAAAUACAUCUAACCUAACCUAAAUUUAAAAUAAAAAAUGUAAAACAGUUUUAACUUUGGCAGAAAUCACUAAUAAAUUAACAUAAUUUUACAAUGUUUUUCAGCUCUUUUAGUAUGAGUUGUUCAAAUAUAUUUAAAAAAAAUCCCACCAUGAUUUCUCUGUUUUGCUUCUUUUCAUUCAGGAAGCUGUUGAGUCAUGUCUGACUCGGAUCACUAAGCUGGAGCUGCAGCAGCAGCAGCAGCAGGUGGUCCAGUUGGAGGGAGUAGAGAACGCUAAUGCACGAGCUCUGCUGGGCAAACUCAUCAACGUCAUCCUGGGGCUCAUGGCGGUGCUUCUUGUGUUCGUCUCUACCUUGGCUAACUUCAUCACCCCUCUGAUGAAGACACGAGCCAGGGUGGGCGCCACCGUCCUCCUGACUUUAUUCCUGUUCAUCCUGUGGAAGCAGUGGGACUUUUUGGAGCCAUGGCUGCUGCCCAGCUGA